GGACCGGCUUCGGAACUUCUUUGGAGAUGCCUUAUGGAGGGGGGAUAUCUUCCUCAUGCGGUUUAUCAACGAUGAGACAUAGCAGUAACGCUUAGCGAUGGGUGACAUUCUAGCUUAUGAAGCUGAGUUACUCGGACUAGUGAGAGAGUAUUUGGAUUUUGCUGAAUUUGAAGAAACAGUGAAAGUAUUUACAAAGGAAUGUAAAAUAAAAGGGAAGCCGCUACCUAAACCAGCAGGUGUUUCCUCAAGAGAUUCAAAAGCUUUGCCUGUUCAGAAAGAUCUGCUUACAGCAUUUGAAAAUGGCGAGCAGAAGGUUUUCUUCCAGCUCUGGGAGGAGCAUAUUUCGUCUUCAGUUCGGGACAAUGAACCAGCUACUCAGAAGCUGGAGUUCUAUCUUCACAUACACUUUGCCACCUACCUCUUAAAACACUCUAUGGGAAAGCCUGACAAAGCUGAACUUGAGGAAAGGAUUUCUCAUUUUAAGGCAUACCUGGAAACAAAAGGAGCUGCACUGAGCCAGACUACGGAGUUUCUUCCGUUCUAUGCUUUGCCUUUCGUUCCAAACCCCAUGGUACAUCCUUCAUUUAAAGAACUUUUCCAGGAUUCUUGGACAUUGGAUUUAAGGACAAGAUUGGAAAAGUUCCUGUCUCUGACUCUCAAAGCCAGACAGACUCCUCGGCUUCUCACUUUAUUUAAGGAGAAUGGACAGUGUGACAAAGAAAUGUUGCAACAUCUUCAUCAGCAGUUAGUGGAAUCCGAGCACAGGACCAUGACCUACCUGAAACGAUUUAACAAAAUGCAGGCGGAUUACCAUAAUCUCAUUGGAGUCACUGCAGAGCUGGUGGAUUCCUUGGAGGCCACAGUCAAUGGCAAGAUGAUCACACCAGAGUAUCUUCAAAGUGUUUGUGUUCGCUUGUUUAGCAAUCAGAUGAGACAAAGUGUAGCACAUAGUAUUGACUUCACAAGGCCUGGAACUGGAUAUUACUCUAUGAGCCCUUGUGAUGACGGAUAUGCUUCUACAAUGCUAAGAGCAUCUUUAGCCCCUGUGAAGAUGCAGGAUGUGCCAUUGUUGCCCUCUUUGGAUUAUGAGAAGUUGAAGAAAGAUUUGAUUACAGGGAAUGAUCGUCUCAAGGCAUUCUUACUACAGGCUCUGCGCUGGCGCUUGACAACAUCAUAUCCUGGAGAACAGAGAGACACUGUCCUGCAAGCCUACAUCAGUAAUGACCUCCUAGAUUGCCACAGCAACUGUCAGAGAAGUGUCCUCAAAUUAUUACAUUCUAAGAGUGAGGUAGUCAGACAGUAUAUGGCAAGGCUCAUCAAUGCUUUUGCUUCACUGGCAGAAGGUCGUGUCUACCUUUCUCAGAACCCAACGUUGCUGCGAAUGCUGGAGGAGAGACUGAAAGCUGAAGACAAGGAUUCCCUUACAUGGGAGAAUGUUCUGGGGGCUCUGCAGAAAUUCAGCCUCAGGCGUGCACUACAGUCAGCAAUGAUCAAAGAUGGGCUCAUUUUCUGGCUGGUUGAUAUUCUAACAGAUACAGAUUGCCUGUCUGAUUACACGCUGGAGUAUUCUGUUGCCUUGCUCAUGAAUCUUUGUCUGCGGAGUGCAGGGAAGAAAAUGUGUGCAAGGAUUGCAAACCAUGUGCUCAGAGUUCUCUCUGAUCUUCUUGGCCAUGAGAAUCAUGAGAUACAACCAUAUGUGAAUGGAGCACUGUAUAGCAUUCUUGCCAUCCCUUCUGUCCGAGAAGAAGCUAGAGCAAUGGGAAUGGAAGAAAUUCUGCGCUGCUUUAUCAAGGAAGGAAAUGCAGAGAUGAUCCGACAGAUUGAAUUUAUUAUCAAGCAGCUCAAUUCAGAAGAGCCAUUAAAUGAUAGUAUUGUGUCUGAUGAUGAAGAGGAAGAGGAGGAUGAGGAAGAGGACCAUGACAUCAUGGAGGCUGAUCUGGACAAAGAUGAGGUUUUGCAACCUCAACUGGGAGAGCUUGCAGGAGAGAAGCUGCUAACAACUGAGUACUUGGGAAUAAUGACUCAUACUCCAAAAACCAAGAAGAAGCUGUUUCCUGGUGUCCAUCAGAGUGUAGAUGAGCCCCUCCAGAGACCUGUGACGCCAGGUUAUCACAGAACGAUGUACCUAAUGCCAGAAAACGAUACCAGUUCUUGUCAUGAUAGGGAUGAGAAGCUGCAGUCUCCGCUGAGUGGUCAUCCUCCCAUUUGUGGUGGGAGCAGGUCCAGCAUUUCUGACCUCUGCAUUUCCCCUUCAUCAGUUGAAAUGAAGUCAUCUAAAGUAUUCUCAUCAGGCCAUAGAAUGGACCGAAGCAUCCCAGCUGGUGACAAUAUCGUGGUUUCCCGAUCUACUGACUUCACCCAGGACAAAGUAAAUGGGCAAUCACAUAGCGAGUUUCCCUCGGCCUUCACCAGCAAACCUAAGAUCCCUCGCACUCCUGAAGUGCAGAGUGCCAGCCCUAGAAAGGGAAAGGUCCCAGCCAUUGCCCCCCAGUUCUCUCAGUCUGGACCUCAACAAACAAGCCGUCCCACCUCCUCAGGAUCAUCCACAAGGAGCAGACAGAGCAGCCAGUCCUACAGGAAGUGAGAACAGUUCCUUUCCUCGAGAAUCACCUGUCACAUUGUUGAAGGACAGAGCCAGCUUCCUGUAAUGAGCUUUACUGGCGACCUACUGAGAAGAGAGUGAGGUUACUGACAUUGCACGGCAUACGCUUUGCACAGUGAUUCAGGGAUUAUCUGAUGGGAUGCAUCUGUUGUCAUCUCUAAAGCUGGCUAAGACAAGGGCCUUGUUAUUAGAAUUCAAGGUCUCAGCGGCAGCCCAGCUCUGAUAGGAGAGAUGGAUAUAUUCCCAAUGACUCCGAUAGUUUACUCUAAAGUGACAUUGCCACCUUGAGAAGAAACUCUUGCUCUCUGCCUUCUGUGUCAGAGUAAACAGCCUUUGGAGACGGUAUGUAGGGCUCAGCACAGGAGUCUGACCAAGCAACUGUCUUUUUUACAUAUUGCUUGCUGAACUAGCCUGCCACUUGCUUUUUUUAAAUUAUGCCUUUGUGCAUGAGUUGGGAGAUAUCUGUGUUCAAAGGAUCUGCACUAGGAGGGAAAAUGUAUGCCAUAUGUGCCAAGCCUCGCUGCCUGGAGCAGUCUUGUGUGGAGCGAGAUCUGUGUUUGGCCACCAGAGACUGGAGAGAAAGUAUUUCAUCAACUUCUGAUUGACCUGUGGCAGUUGAAAAACACUGUGCCAGUGCCCAAGGCAGCAUCCGUUCUCACCUCUAGGGAUCUGAUCAGCAGCUUUAUCUGCAGCAAUUACUCCUAUUCCUUCUUCCUACAUUUUUUUCUUAAUUCUACUGUUUAACAUUUGUGGAAUGAAUAAUCCAUUUUUUCCACUGGAAUGAAGAACUUUGUUUCUUCUUUCGUAGAAGAAACCAUGAGAAUGUGAACAGAUCAGAAGCAGCUUUCUCUUUACAUGUGGCUGUGGGCAAUCUUCUUUGGUCUUUGUUGCUUUUUUAUGUUCUUCACUUCUGAGCAAUGACUGGUUAUGCCUUCAUGGAAUUUGUGCUGGUCUUCAGUGAAUAUGAAGUGCUGGCUAGGCAAGAGAGAUCAGGAAGCCGUCCACUAAAUAAAAACCCAGCAGUUAGUUCUGCCAGUGAAUUACAAAGCUAGUGCUGUUUGUUGUUCUUUCUCUCAAAAGUAAUAGUGAUCAGGAAACACUAAAGUCUUCACUGGGGGUUGGCUUUGCAGUAACAUCCCCUCAUGUGACACAGCUGUUAGGACAACAACAACUUUUCCACUAACGCAGUUUACAUUGGAACUUGGCUGCUACUGAGGCAGAAAUGCACAAAAAGCAGGCAAUGUGUUUGCCAUAGGCAGGCUUCAAAAGCAAAUGCUUUAACAGGUACAAAAAGGGAGAAAGUAAGGCUUUUGUUUUGGAGUUUCACCUUGAGAAACAAACAAGUGGAACACAGCCUGAAAGGUAAAGCAACUCCAACGGUGACACUACCUUCCCCUAGAGUAAAGAGUUGUAAAGCCACCAAUCAUUUCCAUAGGACCAGAAGAAAGCUUUACACUUCUGCUGAGACCUUGAAUUGUGCCUCUUCGUAUGUGGUGGCAACUGAAGAGCCAAGGCCAUUUCCUCAUGCGAUGUAGUUGCCACGAGACCCACCCAGAUCAGUGAGGCUGUGUCAGAUGUUUGCAGAAAGGGCUCCCAUGUACAAGUUCAGGUAACUCCUUUGGAUAACAGACUUUAAACUGAAAUCAGGAUGUU